GGAAACAACAACCGCCACUGGAACAAUUUGGCACAGAUUUGACCGCUCGUGCUAGAGAUGGGAAACUGGACCCUGUCAUUGGCCGUGAUGAAGAAAUCCGCCGGACCAUCCAAGUAUUGUCAAGGCGGACGAAAAACAACCCUGUCCUCAUUGGUUCGGCAGGAACUGGGAAGACUGCAAUUCUAGAAGGCCUUGCCCAGCGGAUUGUCUGUGGCCAAGUGCCGGAAAGUAUGAAGGAUAAGAGGGUUGUAAGCUUGGAUUUAGGACAGCUGAUUGCCGGAACUAGGUUCACAGGUGAUUUUGAAGAAAGGCUUAUGGUUUUUGUCCCUCCAUCUCCAAUAAGCAUCACCAAACUAACAGGGUCAUCGUUUUAUUAUAGAGUGUCUUGGAAGAGGUUUCUGAAGCUCAUGGGAAGGUUAUCCUUUUCAUUGACGAACUUCAUUCACUGCUUGACCUGCCAAAGGCAGCGGGUUCGGUCGAUGCAUCCAACCUUCUCAAGCCUCAACUGAGUCGUGGAGAGCUUCAGUGCUGUGGAGCUACAACAUUGAAUGAAUAUCGCCAAAUCGAGAAGGAUGUGGCUUUAGCUCGGAGGUUUCAACCUAUCCUUGUUGAUGAGCCUAGUGUUCAGGAUACGAUCAGUAUACUUCGAGGGUAUGAGAUGAGGACUCAUUUCCUUUCCUUUUUGUGAUUUCGCCGCUUACCACCUCCCAAUAGGAUCAAGGAUCGGUAUGAAGUGCAUCACGGUGUCCGGAUUACCGAUAACGCGCUUGUUUCCGCGGCCACACUAUCGAACCGCUACAUCACCGAUCGUUUCCUACCCGACAAAGCCAUCGAUCUGGUCGAUGAGGCUGCUUCGGCAUUGAGGCUUCAGCAAGAGUCACGUCCCGACGAAAUUCAUGAACUUGAUCAUGCAAUUUUGACACUGAGAAUUGAGCUCGAGUCACUUCGGAAGGAGGAGGAUGUGGCCUCUAAGGAGCGAAAGGAGAAACUUGAAGCCAUUUUGAAAGAAAAGAAGGCAAUGGUCAAGGGACUCACGAAGGUUUGGGAAGAAGAGAAGGCCGGGCUCCAGGCUAUAAAAAUUGCAAAGGGGGAGUUAGAGCACGCCAGGGUUGAACUUGAGAUAUGUCGAAGAAAACGCAACUUCGGGAAAGCUUUUAUGCUACAAUACGCGAGGAUUCUCGAACUAGAGGCCAAGCUUCCCAAGGAUGGCGAAGCGAGUAAGGGCUCACUUAUACAUGAUUCGGUGGGCCCAGACGAUAUUUCUCAUGUUGUUUCUAAAGCCAUGGGCAUUCCUACCACCAAACUUAUGUCUGGGGAAGCUGAGAAACUAGUGCAUCUCGAGGACGCUCUUCGCCAGUCAGUUCGUGGACAGGACGACGCCCUCAAGGCGGUUGCUGAUGCCGUCAGGCUUCAGCGCGCUGGAUUAGCUAGCGAUCAUCGCCCCACCGCCAGUUUCAUGUUUUUAGGCCCCACGGGUGUUGGAAAGACAGAAUUGUGCAAAGCGUUGGCGACAACCUUAUUCUCGAGCGAGACCGUAGUUAUCCGAUUCGAUAUGAGCGAGUUUCAGGAAAAACACACCGUCAGUCGGUUGAUUGGAAGCCCAGCUGGUUAUGUCGGCUACGAAGAUGCGGGUCAAUUGACAGAAGCCGUCAGAAGAAAGCCUUAUGCAGUCCUGUUGUUCGAUGAAUUUGAAAAGGCUUGCCUGAUAUCACCCAUGGGUGAGGUCGAGCGCUGACUGUUCUAUAUUAGGCUCAUAAGGAUAUCUCCUCGUUGCUCCUUCAGGUCCUUGACGAAGGCUUCCUAACAGAUGCUCAAGGUCGGAAGGUCGAUUUCCGUUCCACAAUCAUAGUUCUCACGUCCAACCUCGGCCAAGACAUCCUUAUCAAUGAUCCAUCCUCAGACAUCGCAUUAUCGCGAGCUGCCAAGCAGCAGGUCAUGGAUAUUGUGCAGCAUUCCUACCCACCAGAAUUUCUAAACAGGAUUGACGAAUUUAUAAUUUUCCGGAGACUCUCGAAGGAUGCUAUUCGGGAUAUUGUUGAUGUUCGAUUGAAGGAAUUGCAGGCAAAGCUUGACGAUCGCCGGAUCAAACUAGACAUAGAUGUUAAAGUGAAGGAUUGGCUCAGCGAGAAGGGCUACGAUGUUCGAUACGGCGCGAGACCCUUGAACCGCCUUAUCGGCAAGAAAUUGUUGAACCCUUUGGCGGAGCGAUUGAUUCGCGGAGAAAUAAGGAAUAGUGAGGUAGCCAGAAUUAGGGUUGCACCGGCCGGAACAGAAUUGGAAGUUUUCCCAAAUCACGAUUCCUCUACUACCCCCAAUCAG